UCAGUGCGCAUGCGCCACUCCGAGGCGGGCGGAACCAUUGGCAGAGCCAGAGCGGGGGUGCGCGGGAGAACCCGGAACUCAGUCUUGUGAAGAUGUUCCAUUCCUUCGGCUGUCGGGUCCCUCGCUUGACCCUUUGGAGAGGAUACUGUCCUGUCGUUGGCCAGAAGUCCAUGUCCGAAGGCCACAACUGGUUUGCCAUAUUGGCCAGUGCUAUGAGGAAGCGGCAACCCCCUUUGCACUUGGGCAGAGCCAACUUUUCCAACUCGACACAGAGUGUCCUCCUUGGAACGAGGUGGGCUUUGAACUCUGGCGGAAACCAUUGCCGUUACUCACAGGGAAGCGCAAAGAGUACUGAAUCCGGCCCCCGAUUUGCACUGAGGACCCGGAUCGCGAUCACUUUCCUCAUUGGGAGCGGGAUCGUAGCCGCUGGGCUGUACGUCCGCUCCGAAAAGGCCGAGGCGGAGAAGCGGAGGCGCAUAGAGGAGUUGCGCAAGCUGUCCAUCGGUCAGGGGGACUUCCAGUUGGUGGACCACACUGGCCGGCCACGCUCGAAAUCUGACUUCCGGGGACGCUGGGUCCUGCUCUACUUCGGCUUCACGCACUGCCCGGACAUCUGCCCCGAGGAGCUGGAGAAGAUGAGCCGCGCGGUGGAAAUCCUCGACGGAGAGGCCCACCUGCCCCAGGUCCAGCCGGUCUUCGUCACAGUCGACCCCGAAAGGGACGACGUGGCUGCCGUGGCCAAGUACGUCAAGGAGUUCCACCCGCGGCUCCUGGGUCUGACGGGCACGGCCGAGCAGGUGAAGGAAGCCGGCAAAGCCUACCGCGUCUACUACAGCGCCGGCCCCAAAGACCAGGACCAGGACUACAUUGUGGACCACACCGUCAUCAUCUACUUGCUCAGCCCAGACGGGCUCUUCAUGGACUACUACCAGCGCAACAAGUCGGAGGACAAGAUCGCGGAGAGCGUCAAGAAGCACAUGCAGACCUACCAGAGCCUCUUUGGAUGAGCAUGCCACAUAGAAUUGUCCUUCUUCGGGGGACACUAUAAAAUCUAUG